CUUCCUCUAUGUGUGUGUGUUGCAGGGAGAAAAUGGCCAACAAAGAGGAACCGUUUGACUGCUCCGUCUGUUUACUGUUGCUGGAGGAUCCAGUGAUGACUGAGUGUGGACACACUUACUGUCUGAAGUGCAUCAAUGCCAUCUGGGAUAGCAACAAUAAUGGAGGGAGUAGUUACAGCUGCCCUCAGUGUCGACAGACUUUCUUUUCGAGGCCUGUUUUGGAGAAGAACACACGUCUGUCUGACCUGGUGGAGGAGCACAAGAGGAGAACAGGUCACAGUAGUUCUGCUGCUGCUGCUGCUGCUGCUGAGGAUGAUGUUGAUGUUGAACCUAGUUUGCAGUGUGAUGUGUGCACCAGGAGGAAACAGAAAGCAUGCAUGUUCUGUCGUGUGUGUUUUGCCUUUUACUGUGACACUCAUGUGCAACCUCACUAUGAGGCACCUGACCUGAAACACCACAGUCUGAUUCCAGCCUCAGUCAGGAUCCAGGAGAGCAUCUGCAGGCGCCAUUUCAGGCCUUUUGAGAUUCACUGCCUCACUGAUCAACAGUUCAUAUGUCUGACGUGUGCAUCAGACGACCACAAAGACCAUGACACUGUGACAGUUGAAGCAGAACAGCGUGAGAUGCAGAUAAAACUAGAGGAGACGAAACAGGACAUCGGCGAGCGAGUGCUGCAUUCACAGACGAAAAUGGCACAACUGCGAGAUGCUGGAGACUCUAUCAGAGAUGCUGCAUGGGAGGCGUGUGAUGACUUUGAGCGGCUGUGUGAGGAGCACGUCCGCUCAUAUGUCAGCUAUGUGGUGACGAAAUGCUCUGAGAUGAAAGACAAACUUGGAGAGGCAGAGAAAGCUGGAGUGGACUGGACAGACUACCAGUUCGGGCAACUGCAGAGUGUAAUUUCAGAACUGAAGCGCAGAGAAGUUAAACUCAACCAGUUGUCUCUAACUGAGGAUCCCAUCCAGUUUAUUCGGGAUUUCCAGGCCUUGGGUGACCUGCCAACACUUCAUCACUCAGACGGAAGUCUCAACACGUUGACACAGUUUGUCACAGCACAGAAAGAUAAACUGAAAAACAUGUCCAACAAUGAAAAGCACCAAUUAUACACACGUUCUGAAGAAUUAAUGUUGUUAAAAAAGCCCGUGCUGCCAGAGAGCGUGAUGUCAAGGGAACAUCUUUUGACCAAACACAGGAACUCUGAUGUGGAGGUGGAUCCCGACACAGUCGCUUCGUGUCUCUGCUUGUCUAACAGUAACAGGGAGAUAUCGUGGAGUGACAAGGACCAUGCUCAUCCUCAUCACGACAACAGAUUCACGUUCUAUCCUCAAGCUCUUUGUAGGAAGGGCCUCGAGGGUAACCACUACUGGGAGGUGGAGUGGGACGGUGGCGUUGUUGACGUGGCUGUGUCAUACAAAGGGAUUAAUAGAAAGGGAUCAGGGAAAGAUUGCUGUUUUGGCCACAAUCAUCUGUCCUGGAAAUUAACCUGCUCUUCUUCUGGCUGCACCUUUUGGCACAAUAGUCUCCAUAAAGGCAGAAUUUCUGCGGCUGAUUGUCGCAGAGUCGGUGUACACCUUGAUUGUGAAGCAGGAGUGCUGGUUUUCUACAGUGUCACUGACUCUCAAGGGCUGACACUGCUGCACCAAAUCCAGAGCACCUUCACUGAACCGGUCUACCCUGGGUUUUCUGUUGAUUUAGGUGCAACACUGAAAAUAUGCAAAAUCUAAGCCAUGAGUGCCUGCACAUUUACAUUUACAGUUUUGUAUACAUAAAGUAUGUGUGUAGUAAAUACUGUACAUGUAAAUGUAGAAAUGGCAAGCAGCAGAAACAAAAUGUUGUUAUUUGAAUAGAUUUUUCUUCAAUGUUGAAAAACAAGACACAUCUGCUGAUGCCUACAGAUGGAUACAGUGACGUGCCUGGAAUCAUUGGGUGUUUCGGGUCUUUCAACAUCGUGCACCCUCCUCCAGGUGACCAAUCUGGGGCUGAUCAGACCCCAGCCUAGCUACAGUGACUGUGAGUCCCCUCUUUUCAACCAUUGCCAUCUUGAGGCCCUCUCUGCUGCUUUGGUGGAACUACGGAUUGCUCUCCUCCUUCUCCUUCAGUGCCCAUCUUACUAAAGGCUCUUGUCAGAGACUGCCCCGUAAAGCCCCAACAUCCUCCACUGGGAGACAUCCUGCCUUCUGGCAGCUGCUUAUCAGCUCUUUCAACGGCCUCUUCCAGGGUGGUUUCCCAUGGUACUGCCAGCUGCCAACAAGCACCACCUGCUUGUUGGCAGCUGGCAGUACUAUGUCUGGAUGCAAGGUGGUAGCUAUGAUGUGGAUGGGGAACUUGGCUGUUGUUACUGCCUUGGCAGCUUUUGGCUGUUCCCCUGCUUUAAUGAAGUUGAUCUUCUGCCUGGAGGGUCUGAUCUUCUUCACCCACUUGACACUCGUGCUGAUGGCUUCAGCGAUUGAGAACUUGAGAACUUGGUCAGAAACUGGAUCCCAGGUCACUCUCCUUUCCACUACACUUUGUUAGUAAGUAGUAGUAUCUUCUUUAAUGUAUCUUUUUUUUUUGUAAAUUUGCAAAGUUGCAAGUUUCACUGUAUGUCAUACAGACUAAUAAAAUAACUCCAAAAACA